UCAAAGCCCGCCUCCUAAUCCUCGGGCGGAGCGGCUCGGGGGCCCCAUUUUAUGGCAAUAAAGCGACUUAGCGCCUGCUGAGCGAGCCCCUCCCCGCCGCCGCCCCCGCCCUCGGCCCCACCCCGGGGCUCGCCCGCAGCGGCGGGGCUUUGUUUCUGGGGAGGAGGACCCGGAGCUCUUUUGUUUGGGGGUUUGGUGUUUUCACCCCCCCGGCUCACCCCGCCCCACAACCCCUCCACCCGCGCCUCUCCGGUUUCCUGAGCUGCGGGCUGCAAGGGAGGAGAAGCGGCGUCUUGCAACCCCCUCGGCUGGGCCCCGGGGUAAUUCGAUGCGGGCCUGGCCAGGCUCCCCACGCUAGACCGGGGCUCGCGUCUCGGCAGCCUCCACCCACCGGCCCACCCUACAUUUAGCGCAUCAUGUGAUCCGGAGUUAGAAACAGAAGUGAAAUAACUCAGCCAAGGAAAGAGAUUUGGAAUUUGAACCCAGAAAUGCCUGACCUGAUGUUUCUAGGUCAAUGUGACUCCAGCCACCAAUGGAUGAAUGAAUAUCCAUAUGAAGAGGAAAACAAUAAAGAAUAUCAACCCCUUUGGAAACAGAAUGCUAAUGCUUGAUGGGAUGCCGGCAGUCAGAGUCAAAACAGAGCUUUUGGAAUCUGAACAAGGGUCUCCAAACGUCCACAACUACCCCGAUAUGGAAGCCGUUCCUCUGUUGUUAAAUAACGUGAAAGGGGAGCCCCCGGAGGACUCGUUGUCUGUAGAUCACUUCCAAACACAAACUGAGCCAGUGGACUUGUCCAUCAACAAAGCCAGGACAUCCCCCACAGCUGUUUCAUCCUCCCCGGUUUCCAUGACAGCGUCUGCCUCCUCACCUUCUUCAACUUCAACCUCCUCAUCGUCUUCUAGUCGUCCAGCCUCAUCCCCAACUGUUAUAACAUCAGUAUCUUCAGCAUCAUCUUCGUCAACAGUAUUAACUCCAGGGCCUCUUGUUGCCUCUGCAUCUGGUGUGGGAGGCCAGCAGUUUUUGCACAUUAUCCAUCCUGUACCACCUUCAAGUCCCAUGAAUUUACAGUCUAACAAACUGAGUCAUGUUCACCGCAUCCCCGUGGUGGUACAGUCGGUGCCUGUUGUCUACACAGCUGUGCGGUCACCUGGAAAUGUGAACAACACUAUUGUGGUGCCGCUUUUGGAGGAUGGGAGAAGUCAUGGCAAAGCACAAAUGGACCCCCGAGGCCUAUCUCCCAGACAAAGUAAAAGUGACAGUGAUGAUGAUGACCUGCCAAAUGUGACCUUAGAUAGCGUUAAUGAAACUGGAUCUACGGCCCUUUCCAUAGCCAGAGCAGUUCAAGAGAUACAUCCGUCCCCAGUAUCGAGGGUCCGAGGAAAUCGAAUGAAUAACCAGAAGUUUGCUUGUUCAAUUUCACCAUUUAGUAUUGAGAGCACAAGACGCCAGAGGCGGUCUGAAUCCCCAGACUCCAGAAAACGGCGUAUUCACAGAUGUGAUUUUGAGGGAUGCAACAAAGUCUACACAAAAAGUUCCCACCUGAAGGCUCACCGGAGGACACAUACAGGGGAGAAACCCUACAAGUGCACCUGGGAGGGCUGCACCUGGAAGUUCGCUCGUUCGGAUGAACUGACGAGGCAUUACCGCAAACACACGGGAGUGAAGCCAUUCAAGUGCGCGGACUGUGAUCGCAGCUUUUCCCGGUCAGAUCACUUGGCACUGCACCGCCGGAGGCAUAUGCUGGUGUGAGGGAUGCUGCCUGUCCAGCUGAGUGGAAGAGCUGGCUCUCUUAGCGGCACCCAGGUCAGCAGGGCUGAAUCCCCUUCACAGUGUUAACACAAAAGGGCAUCGCCAUCCCACGAUGUCUGAAACCAGAGCGGGAAGCGGAAGGAACACUUUUCCUUACGGUCUGAAGGUAAACCCCAUCGCGACUCCACAAGACUCGGCUUCACCCUGGCCUGGGAGAUCGGGGACGCAAAUGCUGAAGAGACAGGCAUAGUUUUCCGUGCUGUGUCCUCUGCCAUUUAAAGAUGUUUGUAGCUUGUACAUUUUCUGAGCUGUCAGACAUUUUGUUAUUGAUACUUCAAAGGUCAUCUACCACAAAUUGAUGGCUAGAGCAAGACCUUGUAAAUUGGGAUUAUUCUCCCAUCGUCCCACCCCCCCAAACCCCUUUUUACAGAAAUUUUAGUUUCCAUCUGAGUAAGACAGGAUGCACCUCCAGUCCGUUACCAGCAAGCAGCAUGAACGUAGGAAAGAAGAAGGUGUCCGAGAGGUUCCGUUACCUGAUGUAAAGGGACACCCGGGUAGCCCUUUGCAAUAGCGAUGGCCGCAGCUAGAUAUUGCCCACAGCUUGUCAUUAUGCCAUGCCCUGAGGAAAACAACAUUGAACCUUUCAUUUGUUUGUUGUUGAUUGUUUCUGUUCUGUUUUGAUUCUGUUUUGUUCAUCUGUUCGAGCAGAGGGGCAGGGACGUUUGUCUGGGAGUCCAGUCCCGGUGUCCGCCCUGGCACGGACUGGCACGGAGCUGUUCUGUAGUUGAAUAGGAAGAGCCUGUCUAAACAAACUACUGCCCCACUUCAAAUUGCAGUGUUCUGUCACCUAGGCAUCGUCUCUUCCUGGCCCUAGUAUUUGAUUACAAGGAAUCGGGGGGGGGAAAAACUUUCUUAGACUCACUGGCACCAAGGUAAGAAGAGGUGGGGCUGCCCAGGCAAAGUCAGAGAACAUGAAAAAUCAGACAAAGCAGAGAUGGAAAUAAUGCGCCUCUUGAGGAGAAAAGCAAUAAUGAAUAAAAGGACUUUCCUACAAUAACUUCACUGAGGACUCACGUUACCGAUUUUCAUACUUACUAAAGGGAUUGUAAGAAACACCCCAACAUUUUAGAUGUCUUGGUUACAUUUACAGCACUGAGGUCAUCUUUCUGCUGUUUGUUGUCCUGCUUGGUCGACUACCACAAUUAAAGAUUGUGCUCCCCUUUGCUUGUUGGAAAAUGGUCAUUUGGCGACUAGCAACGCCAGGGAGGCAGGGCAGGGAAUUAGCUCCGGGAUUAAUGGGUCAGCCCUCCUUGGAACCAAGUCAGUAGAGAGAGCGUGCUCCCCGAGGAAAGCCUGAUGCGGUGCUAGCUUCCUGACUUGGAGAGCCAAGGACCAGCGACUCUCCAGUAGGUUCCUCUGCACAGAUUUCAUUUUCUAAACUGCACCAGGGCCCGGUGGGUCCGAGUCAGCCUCCGCGGGGAUGUUGAGUCCCCUCGUCCCGGGCUGAGGGUGAGAGGCAAUUACAGGCUCAUCAGCCCCCGAAAAGUAAGAGCCUUUUUGGCAGUUCGCAAAUUAUACAGUAAACAAAGCAAUACAUCACCAACAAGCAUUCUCUCAGAAAAAUUAUCAUAUUAUUUUCCCCACUAAAAGCUGUUUCUUUCAGCUUUAUGUGGCUAAGGGGCUUGGUGAGGUUUUUAGUUAUUGUCGUUGUUAAGAUUUUUUAUAGCUUAGAUAUAAAUGUUACCAGCAUAUGGCUAGACCUUUGCAAUAUACUUUAAUUACAAACACUUGAUUUUGGGAAUCGCACAAAUUAACCUCACAAUAUUACUAGCUCAGUUUUAAAUGUUUGAAUAUUCUAAAAUAAUUUACAGUUGCAGAACUGUCCUUUUUAGAAUCAUCUUCUAAUUCAGAUAAUCUUACUCUGAUGAAGCAAGAACUAUAAACCUUGAAACAAAGACAAUUUGUGUUGGAUGGUAUUAAAAGAAAUUUUGUUUUUAUCAUUCAAGCAACAGCAUAGUGAUUUUCAGGUCAAAUUCUGUCUUCAGAAAUAUGUGCUCUACAUUUUCUGCCAGGUCUGAAAAAUUCAUCAGGCAAUUUUUUCUCCAACAAGGGCUGCAGUUUGAUUGAUAAAUUGCUUCUUUAGCUGCACAAUCUACUAUCCACCAAGCACUGGGAUUUUUUUUUUUAACCAACUGGAAAGAUUUUUUUAUCUGUACUGUAUGGAACUCCUACUUCUUAUGGCCUGUGACCAUUGGGAAUGAAAAAAACAGGUUUCUUGACGCAUGUCAGCCAGCAUUGGUUCUUGGUCCACAGCACAGAACAGGGUGGUGGGUGCACACAGCCACAGAACCGUCUCCGCUGGCCCCAGAACCUAGUUGGCAGGUGGUAGGUGAAUUGCUCAGGUGAAGUGUAGACAUGGUUUAAUUCUGUCUGCUCAUAAGAGGGGCCAGUUCUGUUCUGUGCUGAGAGAUGUCUUGAGAGUGUCACAGGUAGAAAGGGUUUGUAGAAUUCACAGAACUGACAGGCAGUGGGAGCUUCCUGAGUGGCAGCUUGGUUUAAAUUUAGCACCGAACAACAUGAGCUGCUCCCCUGUAAUAACAUAGGAAAGAUUCAGGAAAGUGCGUUUUUUCUUCUUCUUCCUCUGAAAGUGGAAACCAGGCUGAGACGGUCUGUUAGCUGAGAAAACCUGUCAGUGUUCCCCCUUUGACUGGUCCCUACUUCUGAGGUGGGACCCAAGCACAAGGAGUGAAUUGAGUUGCUGAUCUAGCCCCAGGACUGAAACUUACGUGGGGCUUGGCUCUGCACGUAACCAAUGGUCUUUGUCAAGUUUUCUACAGAUGUUUUCCCAUGGAAAGGAAACUACUUUGGGAGAGAAAGAAUCGGAUUCUUAAGUGGGAAUACCUGUAGGCGUAGAAAAGCCCCCUGUUUUGUCCUAUGUCCAUUGUAGCCUCUUUUUCAAAAGCACAGUAGAUGAUGAACAGCAGCCAAGCAGUAGAAUCCAGAGGACUCGUCAGAUGUUCCCUAACCAGCAGCAUUCUUUGGUUUUAAAGUCUCAGCUGUUCAGGCGCUUUGCCGUGGGACACAUGUGCGUGUUGGGGAACUCCCGCCCAUGUGGCGGAGUGGCUUGAGAAGCUGCAGGAGGCCAAUCUCUUUGCACUGGGGAGGUUUGAGUUCAAAGGGGUUAAUAUUACCUGAAAAGUUCCAAGGUUCAGGCUUUGAGAUUUAAACAGAUUCCCUGAUCUGAAGGCGUCAGAAAAAAAUUCGCCCUUUCCCAUCAUCCUCCAGCCCCACCCUGUCAGUUGUGUCUAGAUUCGGAGAGGCCUGCUUGGGAACUUGUCUUGUGUUCUGAAAUUCCAGUGGCUUCGCCAUGAACAUCAUACCCACUGCCUGGCAUCACUUCUGCAAAACACUACAGGACACUUGUUUUGUUUUUUUAAAUAGUUGAGCAACAGUAACAUAAACCCCAUUGGGGGAGAAAAAGGAGCACUUUUUUCACUUUAAAGUUUAAGUGGAAAAUAGGAAGAGGAUCGUCAAGGAAAGAAAAUCUUACGAAAAGCUACAGUGUUUACAGUGCCAGUUCCCGGUCAGAAAGGCCACGCUCUAAAUGGUUGAAAUUUGAAUCGCUCGUGCGAAGCUUGUGGUCGUUUUUAUACAACUUUUUUUAACUUCAAAUUGCCAUUUGUGUUUUCAACAUAAAUAUAAUUCUGCACUUUGAAAUCAGUUCAUUAGAAUGAUAACAUGUAUAUGGAUAAAGGUGCAGUAUUCCUUAUUCUGUACUUUAUUUAUUAUACUUACCAAAGCUGCAGUUGAAUAAAUCUGGUGAGGUGAGGCCUUCAAAUGUAUUAAUACGCCUUUGUUAUGUUGUUAUGACUGCUUAGAAAUGUAGCCAUAAUGUUGCUAUAAAGGUGUCUUAACAUUUAUAGUAAGGAUUGACAGAAUUUAAGCAGUGUUAAGAAUACCAGCAUUCAUGAUAUAUUGAGUUAUAGCCUUCAUAUAAAGGACUGAACAUGAGGUAACUCUUACGAAUCAUAAAAAUAGGCCCAGAAAGCCUUAAUACUCAUAGUCCAUAAUCCAAUCUCAGAUUUUGCUUUUUACUAAUCUGAUGUCUGUAGAUUUAGGAAAUAAACGUAUUCUUCAACUUCAUUGACCAGCUCUCUUCCAUCACUUUUUCUGAGGUAGUGCAUCUCAUUACAAAAAUCUUUCACUUUGAUUUGGUUUUGUUUAAGAAUGAGGUUUGGUAAGUGGUGUCUUCCAUGUUACAUUUCUACUUAUCCCCACACUGCCACCUACUGACCGUCCCAGGCACCGCCAGUACACGCUCACCUGUACACGCACCUGUACAUGCAGCCGCCAGGGGGCUCCUGAAUGUCAACAACCUUUUUUUAAGAGAAUGAAUUUGUAAUAAUCCAUGCUGUCUACAAAUGUAAGUUAUUUACCUUAUUAGGGAAUCAGCUUAUAAUGCUAUAUAUGACUUUGCCUGCAUUUUAUAGUUAAGAAGUGUACAUAAAGAUUUUAAAUGCUAUAUUUUCACAGGUUCAUUAUAGAGUGAUGUCUGUUUAGCAACCCAUGUCCAUUGGUACUUUCAAUAUGCUAAAUACUGUGCAAUUGCGGUAGAAAUUCAGAUUUUCAUAAGAAAAUGAAAUUGAGGAUACUGCAUCUUUAAAAAAAUAGAGUGAAGCUAUUUUACUGUAUUCGUAACAUAUGUGAUAAUGGAAAAAGUAUUUUCAAACUCACGAAUUUUUCAGAGGUUGUAAAUAGUUUGAUGAAGAAUGUUGGGGAAAAGAGCUUCUAGUUUUCAUCACAAUAAAAAAAGAAAACCUGUUCAGAUAUGCCUUGUAUGUCUCACACACAGUCAGCGGCACCGCCGCGGGGACCCGGGCCCACCCCCUCACAGCGCACUCCUCCUGUGCUGGAAGAAUGGAGUGGCCACUGGUCUCAAGUCAGCCAGGAGGGUUUAAAACCCGAUGAAGUCGUUUUAAGUUGCAAUCAGCUGAUUCCAAACUCAAAAUGUCUUUACCUGAAAAGGGGGAAAUAGAAACCGCUGCACAGGAUUUUACUUGUGCUGAAGAGAAGCAUCUAGCAAUUGUUCUCUUUCCUCAGUUAUCUUCCUCCUCCACCAAGUAGUUCUUGAUGGAAAAACAAAACAAAACAAACAAAAAAAACUGUACAGUGUUUAUUCUUGUUUAAUUCCAGGGGGAACAGUUUUAGGAGUAGCUAAGUGUUGACAAGAUUCAGUGUUAUGGAUACGGCCACGUGUUUAAAGGAAUCUAUCCUGGCGAUAGUAAUAAGCUAAUGCCCAGUUCCAGAAAUGAAUUGAAAGCUGAAAGUGCCUGUCAGUGAACAUUACGACCAAUGAGAUAUCCUUCUACUUUUUACACAGCAAUAAUCCCUCUUCCGACUGGGUUUUUCCUCUACGUUUGGGAACAGGUGCGCAUAUGCACAUCGUGAAUUGGAUCUGUUCACACACCCAUAAAAAUAUUGUUGUGUCUUUGGACGUACGCCCCAUCUUGUUUACAUGAGCAUUUAUGAAUUUAAUCUUACAUACAGCAUGUUAAGAAUGCCAAUCUGAAUAUUAAAAUUAUCUUCAACAUACACUAGGGUGUAUGGCAGUUAUAAUUUUGAGAUAAAGACUUCACUGUGAUUUGCCCCAAACUUAGGAAGAAGCAUUGAGUAGGCUUCAAAAAGUUUUGCUUAGUUAACAAAAGCCAAUGUAUUUAGAGUAAAACACUAGAGACAUUUGUUUGUCUUACUUUAUUUUCCCCACUAAUAUCAAAUGCAUGAAUCCAUCUUUGCUCGCCAUGUCCCUGAUAUUUUCUGUUUUCAUUUAGGAGCCAUUUUGGAAUGAAUAUCGACACAGUCAUUUAUCCCUCAAACAUCUAUAGGAGUGUAACUGACAUUUAGUAAGCCAACCUUUAACCAAAGUUUGCAGUUAGCCCUGGAAAUUUCCAGAUACAUGUUUAGAACCCAACAACUUUUUCUUGUCAUUAUUUACUGCUAAAACUGGAGUCAUGAGUAGAAAUAUAUGACUAGAUCGUAUGCGUAGACCAGAGCCCUGGAAAUUUCUCCAGCCCUGCCAUCUCAGCACAGAUCCACCCAAAUAAGCUACUGAGGGCUAUAGGCAAAAUUAUACUCCUUCAGAGCCAAAUGUUUGGUCAGAGCAAUUUAGAAAGUAUAAUGGUAAUUAAACACUCAGGCUUUAGACAGUGGGGACAAUCAGGGUGGACAGUGUUCUCCAGAACCAGACCACAGGCCGAGAAAGCCAUCCGCCCUUCCCUCCUCCAGGUUUCAGAAAGAAGGAGAAGGAAAUGAGCCAGGAUGGGGCGUGAAAGAACCCAUUAAGUGUCAAAGGAAGGCUGCUGGGGUUCCUUCACCUCACUGGAGUCAAGUCUCCUGACUGGGCAGCUCUCUGGGAGCUGU